CACUCACUAAUCUGACUGCACAUCUAUGCUUAAGUCGCAUUCAAUCUGCUGGGUUUUUUGGAUUGAUAAUGUUGUGUAAAAUGAAGUCAAUAACUCUGCUUCUGAUUCUUUUUUCAGGCAUACGUCAAGGUUACACUUCAGAUGAAGAGCCUUUAACUACUACUUCUGCUACUACUUCUUCUGCUACUACUUCUUCUGCUACUACUACUUCUCAGUCAGAACACAUAACAUCUAGGAAUACUACCAUAGCAGCUCAACAAGUAACAUCAUCAACUAGUUCUUUUACCACAAAAACUACAACAUCACAAACAUCAGAUAAGGAUACAUCCAAAACAGUUGCACCAUCAACAACUCCCAGUUCCUCUUCAAAAAAUCCAGUGACUGCUGGAGCAUCUAAUUCCUCAUCUACAGCAGCAGGCACAAAGUCCUUUCAAACAAUUAAUUCUUCCUCUGAAACAACAAAAACAACUCCAGCAACAUUUACAACUAAUUCAACAACUGGUAUCAACAGCGGGAAGAAUUCUUCUUCCACGGAAUACAAAAGUAACAAUUUUUUCAACAUCACAAAUUCAAACAGAUCAUCUCUUGCAUUCUCAAGUUCAACUACAACUCCUUCUAGCAUGGGAUCAAAUGACAAAAACUCUUCAAUUAAAUUAACCACAGGAAUUGCAACUACUGAAAAUGAUUCUCAUAUGAAGCAUUCAUCUGAAAAUAAAAUACUGUGGGUGCUCCUUCCAGUAUUUGCUGUUAUGUUGGUGGCAGCCAUAGUAUUUGUGAAGUUCAAGUGCAUGAAAACACACACAGAAAGUCCAGAUGCAGCUGAAAGUAGUAAAGAAAUAAAUUCUGCCAACAAAGACAGUGUAAUGCUUCUUGGUCUGAAGGCAACUGCUGAAACUCAUGGAUCUGGAAGAUAAAAUGAAGAUCAUCAGUAACAACAGAAAUUCCAAAGAAAAUUUAUUUUACAGUAAAACUUGUUAUUUUUCCAAAUGUGACAAAGCAAAUAUAUACAGUUCUUUUAUGAACAAGAGCAACAGGCAUGAGAAAAUGUCAUUGUACAUUUUUGUAAUUGAAUCCAUAAAUUAAGUGCAUUUUCAUCACAAAGAAGUCUUGCUUUCUUUUUACAACGCGACACAAAAUCUUCCUAUAGAUGAAUCAUUUGAAACUAAAUUUGAAACUUAUGCACAUUGUGCUUUAUUUACUUCCUACCUUUUCUUUUCACAUUUUAUGAUGUUACUUCAAAGAAUGCAAGUAAAGAAGCCACAACCAUACUGUAUACACUGUACUGAAUGAAAAAGUAAAAACACUGCACUUCCUUUACUUGUUUCUCCACUGCCAUUAUUUUGUGUCCUUUUUGCAUAUAUUAGUCUUUUUAUAUUGCAGUUUAUUAUUUAGGAUUUGCUAAUGAAUUGAGCAAUAAGAAAAUUGUAUUUUAGAAUGCAAAUAACGAAAAUAGAACUGCUUGGUGAUAUAGGUAGUUGAUUUUAACAGCUUAAUCUGGUGUAUUAAUGAUAUUCAAAUGGUCUAGACAAGAUGCAUUGAGUAACAUUUUUCAUUACAACCAAUUUUACAGUUGUAAGGUUUGUGCCUGCCUUUUAAGAUUGUUCGUACUUAGCAACUUGCUGCUGUUGUCCACUUUAUGCGAAUGCAACAAUACAUUCAGUAUAUUUACGUUGUGUUAAAAUAUUACUUUUCAAAAUACAACACAAUACAUGUUCUUUUAUAGUUCCAUAUUGACAAUUACACAUCCAAACUUUACAUAGACCAUCACUGGAUUUUUAAAAAAUCUUCAUAUACGUAGAACUGAUGUUUGCUUGAGUCAUUAUACUGAAAACUCUGCUGAAUAUAUUUAUGCUACUUUUAAAAUGGAAUAUAGGCAAAACAUGUCUGAAUGGACUGCUGCAUUUCAUUCUUUUCCUUUUAGUUUGAAAUUUGUAUUUGACUAAUGCUUUUUUGUAUUUACUUAAAUAAUUUGUCUUCAGUAUAAUUCUGUACAAUUGGGUGACUUUAUUAAAUAUCAUUCAAGUUUAAUGCUAUUUUCUAAUCAUUAUUAAAUAAUUACAGAUACAGAACAACUCUAUAUAAAAUAAUUUAAUGUUUAAUUUAACAUAAUUUUAUGUACAAUACACUGUGUGCUAAUAAACAAUACUAGUUACAUCAAUUAACUUUCUUGAUUUUGCCACAGUGCAUCAAAGAGCUCUGAACAAGUGAACUGUGACUUGGUACAAUCAUUUGUUUACUUUGAUCUAUAUUUGUUUUCUUUAACACUAACAUAUAUAGCUGAAUACUACUGAUAUUGCAUAAUCACAUUUUUUAAAUUUUGCCUAUAUUAUAAAAAAAUUAUUGGAGAUAUUAAUUUAUUUCCAUUUUUAAAAAAUAUUACUCUAAAGUUCAAUUUUGCCUAGUUGGUUAUAAUAUUUUUAUUUUGUUUAAUGUUCAAUUUAUACAUUCAGGAAUAAAUAAACCUUAAUUGAAUUUUGCAUUUUGGGGUUCACAUUAUGUGACAGCCUUGUAUUUUGAUUCAAUAAAAUUAUUGUCGAGCUUUUA